AUGGCCUAUUAGGCAACUUAGUUUACGCGUAGUGUCUAUGCCGAUUUGAGGAAUGGGUCCUAACGAUUCUUCAGUGUAUGAAAUCGAUGGGUGUAUUUUACCGACAUGCAAGGCAAGAUUAAAUUACCGACAAUACCGAGUUUGGCAUCAUCUCCAUAUAACUGAGAACAGGGCUGUAUCGUAUGGGCUUAAUACUGUUAACUGUGCUUUUAAAACGUUUAAAAGCACUUUUCUCAAGCUGCUCGUUCAACUUGUAUUUGACGUGGAGCAGAUCUACUUCUCGGCAUUUCUAUAUCCUGUGAAGUUCGGGAAGGAAAGCGCCUGCGCAGCAACGAAAAUUGUUAUGAAACAUCCAGUUGCGUUCUAGGAACACCCAGACAGUUGUGAAUGUGGAACAGCCAUCCUGGACGUAAAAACAACACUGUGGAAUUAAAGCACCUUUUACCGAUAAUGUAAUACAGGACACCUAAUCUGUGAACACAUUAGAGGGUCCGUGCUCCCGACCAUGGUACAGACAAACUCCAUCCACUGGUUCCGGAAGGGUCUUCGUCUCCAUGACAACCCAGCGCUGUUGGAGGCCCUCCGAGGUGCUGACACUCUACGCUGUGUGUACUUUUUGGAUCCCUGGUUUGCUGGCUCCUCCAACCACGGGGUCAACCGCUGGAGAUUCCUGCUGCAGUGUCUGGAAGAUUUAGAUGCCAGUCUCCGGAAGCUCAAUUCUCGAUUGUUUGUCAUACGUGGGCAGCCAGCUAACAUCUUCCCCCAGCUUUUUAAGGAGUGGAACAUCAGUCGUCUGACAUUCGAGUGCGACUCGGAGCCCUUUGGCAAGGAGAGGGAUGCUGCCAUCCGGAAGCUGGCCUCUGAAGCUGGUGUGGAGGUCAUUGUAUGCAUCUCACACACACUCUAUGACCUGGACAAGAUCAUUGAGCUAAACAGUGGCCACCCCCCACUAACCUACAAGCGUUUUCAGACUCUGGUGGCUUCGAUGCCCCCUCCAGACCAUCCCGUGGAGCCACUGACCAGGGCUAAGAUGGGGACCUGCGUCACCCCCAUCACCAAGCAGGGACAAAAGGACAACUAUAGCGUCCCACAGCUAGCAGAGCUGGGUUUCGAUACUGAAGGUUUGAGUCCUGCAGUGUGGCCCGGUGGAGAGACUGAGGCUCUCACGAGAUUACAGAAACAGAUGGGCCCUGAUAUGUCCACUGCCUGGCAGUUGAAUUGUGACCGUCCAAAGCUGAGCUCGAGUCCCCUGCUGCCCAGCCCUCUGGGUCUCAGCCCCUACCUCCGCUUCGGCUGCUUGUCCUGUCGCCUCUACUACAAAAAACUGUCUGAGCUCUACACCAAGGUGAAGAAAGGCAGCCCGCCCAUCUCGCUGUUCGACAAGCUGCUGUGGCGAGAGUUCUUCUACACGGCAGCCACCAACAACCCACAGUUUGACAAGAUGGAGGGAAACCCCAUCUGCAUCCGUAUCCCGUGGGACAAAAACCCGGAAGCGCUGGCUAAGUGGGCCGAGGCGAAGACUGGCUUCCCCUGGAUUGACGCCAUCAUGACCCAGCUGAGGCAGGAGGGCUGGAUCCACCACCUGGCUAGACAUGCCGUGGCUUGUUUCCUGACCAGAGGAGACCUGUGGAUCAGCUGGGAGGAAGGCAUGAAGGUGUUUGAAGAGCUGUUACUGGAUGCAGACUGGAGUGUGAAUGCAGGCAGUUGGAUGUGUCACUCCUGCAGCUCCUUCUUCCAGCAGUUCUUCCACUGCUACUGUCCUGUUGGCGCUGGACGACGGAUAGACCCCAACGGUGACUACAUAAGACGCUACUUACCUGUGCUAAGAGAUUUCCCAGCCAAGUACAUCUAUGAUCCGUGGAAUGCACCAGAGGAGGUUCAGCAUUCAGCGCACUGUAUAAUUGGCCAGGACUAUCCAAAACCCAUGGUCAACCAUGCUGAGGCAAGCCGGCUCAACAUUGAGAGGAUGAGGCAGAUCUACCAGCAGCUUUCACGAUACCGAGGGCUCAGCUUGUUGGCAGCUGUGCCAUCUGGGCCCAUUGAAGACUUGAAUGUCAACUGGAGCCGUCCUGUGGCAGUGCCUGUUACCGGACGUAGGGAGACCAGAGAGCAGGCAGGACCCAGUGGACUGAAGCCCCGGCCAGGACCAAACAACCGUACAUCCAGCGCAGAGCAUGGAGGAGUGACCAAUAAGGAGGCUUGUCAUACAGGAAGUAGACAAGAGUUUGCUGUGCCUCGGCACCCAGGUGUUUGUGUUCGCAACACUGGAGGAUCUGGGAAGAGGGAGCGCGAGGCUGAACAGGAAGUGGGCAUGGACAGCAGCUCAUCAUCUACCUUCAAAGUUCAACGACAAAACAAGCAAAAGAGUGCUGGUCAACCAAAGGAGAGAAUGGCCAUGUCAUCCUAAGCUGUGAUUCUUUCCACAAAAGAAAAUGUACAAAGUGUAUCUAACUAAAAAAUAAUGUAAGUUUUUAUAUCCAAAAAUAUGCCCCCAUAGGGAAAGCAAAAAUUUGUAUAACCUUUUGAGGGAUGUGAACAUUUUAGAUUUAUAGGCUAACCUACGUUUCCAUUGACAUUAAAAGUCAGUUUUUUUAAAACUGGUUUCAGGAAAUUAAAAAGACAAUUGAUGUUAUACCCCAUUUUACAAGCAAAUAAAUAAGUGACAGGAAUUGUGUGCAGUUUGGAGCUUUCCCCUGGACUGCACCAGCACUUUGUCACUUAGUGAGUCAGACUGGAAGUGGUGAACAUGAUAAAAAUAUGAAGAGCACUUCCUGUGUGUAGCAGGAUCAACACAGAGUCCAUUUUAUUUGCUCACAUAAUUUUCCAAUCCGUUGCCUUUCCAUAAGUUGAUGACUGAGCUGCUCAAUAGCUGGAAUGUUCUCCAUCUGCAAUUGCUCUUUUUUUUUGUUCAGUGUAUCAUCAAUUUUUGAUAAGGAUCUGUUGUGGGGUUACUAAAUGUAUUGUUGUGAAUGAGCAAAAGCUGUUCUUAAUAUUAUCAAUUGCUAGAUCGAGAUUCGAGAGGAUCACACAUGCAGCAGAGCGUGGAUACACUUCUGGAGUGUGUGGAUUCACUGUCAUUGACAGGAGACAAGCUCUUCCCACAGUCACCAGCAAAAGGCCCCAGUCUCAUUCUGGGCCGAACCUCAUCAUCAUUUACUUUUCAGAAAUGUCUUUUUUUGCAGUUUUAUUCAUCCAUUUGGAGCUGUUUAUGACUGUGUUUUGUGUUUCACUUUUUUUUUUACUUUUUUAUUUGUGUCAGAUUACCUAUUUCAGUAUUUGUAAUUUCAUAUGGUAUAUGAUGACCUAAAGAUGUGGACAGUAUACCUGUGUGUAUACUUGUCGAUGCUUAGUUCUCUGUAUGUAUACUGCUCAACUAACAUUAAAUGUUUUAUGAUAUUC